AUGUCGUCUGAACAACCUACCGAAGCUCCUGCUGGAGGUUCCCUUGCCGACCGCAUCUCCAAGCCCGAGGAGUCUAAGCCCGCAGACAGCACCCAACAGCCCACCGAUAAUGGACAAACCGAUGGUGCUCCCGCUCAGCUCGGCGGAUCCGAACUUCACGAGCCGGAAUACAACGUCGAAGUCAAGCUGAGCGACCUCCAAGCGGACCCUAACAACCCCCUCUUUUCAGUCAAGAACUUCGAGGACCUGGGACUUGACCCCCGUAUCCUCCAGGGUUUGUCGGCCAUGAACUUCCGCAAGCCGUCCAAGAUUCAAGAGCGAGCCCUCCCCCUGCUGUUGAGCAACCCUCCGAAGAACCUAGUCGGCCAGUCCCAGUCGGGUACCGGAAAGACCGCUGCUUUUGUCCUGAACAUCCUCAGCCGUCUCGACCUCUCCACCGAACAGAUGCAAAAGACUCCUCAGGCCCUCAUCUUGGCCCCCACCCGUGAGCUGGCCCGUCAGAUCGUCGGUGUGAUUCAGGUCAUGGGUCAGUUCCUGGACAACCUCAUUAUCGGUACUGCCGUUCCGGCCGAUACCAACAACCGUCCCGCGAGGAUGGAGGCCUCCGUGGUCGUCGGUACUCCCGGAACCGUCAUGGAUAUGAUCAAGAAGCGGAUUAUGGUCCCCGCUAAGCUCCAGGUGCUGGUCUUGGAUGAGGCCGAUAACAUGCUGGACCAACAGGGUCUCGGUGAUCAGUGUAUUCGUGUGAAAGCCCUUCUCCCGCGAACUAUUCAGGUGGUUCUCUUCUCCGCUACCUUCCCGACUCAUGUGCACCAAUAUGCUUCCAAGUUCGCGCCGCAGGCCAACGAACUUACCCUGCAACACGAGGAGUUGACUGUGGAGGGAAUCAAACAACUCUACUUGGACUGCUCCGACGAGGAGGACAAGUACCGGACUCUGGUCAGCCUCUACGGUCUACUCACUGUGGGCUCUUCCAUUAUCUUCGUCAAGACCCGUCAAUCCGCCAUGGAAAUUGAAAAACGCAUGGUUGCCGAAGGCCACACGGUGGCAUCGUUGACUGGUGGUAUUGAGGGCUCCCAGCGUGACGCGGUGAUUGACCAGUUCCGUGCUGGCGCGGCCAAGGUUCUGAUUACGACCAACGUGCUUGCUCGAGGAAUCGAUGUCUCUACCGUAUCGAUGGUGAUCAACUACGACAUUCCCGAGCUACACCUCCCUCCCAACCAACCCCGCCAAGCCGACUUCCAGACAUACCUGCACCGUAUCGGCCGGACGGGUCGUUUCGGCCGUGUGGGCGUGUCAAUCUCGUUCGUCUCCAACCGCGACGAGUGGAACAUGCUCAACCAGAUCCAGAAAUACUUCAACACCAGCAUCCAGCGGAUCGACACGAAGGACUGGGAUGAGGUGGAGGAUAUUAUCAAGAAGACGAUCAAGAACCCUCGUUCGCAGGCCACCUUUGGGAAAUAG